AUGAUGAGAGCGGGAGAGAGCUGGGAUUGGAGCCUCUCUUGUCGACAGCUGCAUCCUCGCCAUCCCUUGACCAGCUGUUUUACGCUGCAGCCGGCACCCAGAUCCUCAAGGCGAACAAGUAGAGUUCUGCGGGUCCUCCAAGGUGACGCCAACAAGUGGAGCACUGGGUCCGUGCCUGCAGGCCUCAAGAAGGCUGCUGCUGCUAUCCUCGUAAGCCUCUCUCUCAUCCACGCUGCUGCCUUCAGAGCCCCGCAUUACGCACUGAAGCAGGCGGAUGGCUCGUGGGCAACGGGGAAGGACGGCCAGGGGUCCGUGGCUGCUGCGGGCGUGGCUCUCGAGGCGCUGGCUGCACUCAAGGAGCUGGGGCUAGUGGAUGAGAAGCAGGUGAGGUUUGAUGGGUCGGAGGGUUUGGUAGUGGUGUGGAAAGGGAUGGGAAAGGUGAAAGUGAGAGGUAGUGCUGCUGCGGGCGUGGUGCUCAAGGCGCGGGCUGCACUCAAGGAGCUGGGACUGGUGGACGAGAAGCAGGUACGAGUUGGUGAGAAGCAGAUGUUCGGAUUGGGAGGUGAUUCAGCUUGGUGUCGGCGGUUACAGAUGCUGUCAGCUCGCUCUUCUCUCUCCUCACAGCUGACUCGCCUAUGUUAUCAUGUGGAUCUCUCCCUUACCACGCUUGCCACUGCAUCUGCCCUCACGGGCUACCUUGCCUUCGACUCCACGCUCUCCUCCCCUCUCUUCCUUCACCCUGCCUCUUUGCCCCACCCCCUGCGCCCCGUGCCUGCCCCCCUCUCGUCCCUCCCUUCCCCCUUUCCUCCCUUCAAACCCCCAUCCCGCUCCUCUCAUUUCCCCGGUUUUCCCACUCGUCCAGCGGACCCUAGUGGCAACGCUGCUUCCUUCUUCUCAGCCUCGAGCGCAGAGGGCGGGACUCUCGUCGCCACAGCGUCCGCCGCCAUCACGGGCUAUUCCGCGCUCGCCUCCCCGCUCUCCUCCCCUCUCUCCGUCACCCUGCCUCUCUUUCGACCCCCUCCCCACCCCCUGCGCCCCCGUCACCCGCGGAGGGCGGGACUCUCGUCGCCACGGCGUCCGCCAUCACGGGCUACCUCGCGCUCGCCUCUACCCUCGCCUCCCCCCUCUUCCUUCACCCUGCCUCUUUUUCACCCCUCCCACCCCCUGUGCGCCCCAUGCCCGCCCUCCCCGUCCCUUCCCUGCCCGUCCCGUCCCCCCCCUGCCCGUCCCCAUGGCCCCCUUCCCCUAGCCGACCCGAGUGGCAACGCUGUUUCAUUCUUCUCAGCCUCUCCCUCGGAGGGCGGGACUCUCGUCGCCACGGCCUCCGCCAUCACGGGCUACCUCGCGCUCGCCUCCACCCUCGGCUCCCCUCUCGCCGUGCGCCCUCCCAAGCUGGCGGAGGCGGGGCGCUAUCUGGUGGCGGCGCUGCCCCUUUCACUGGCGGAGGCGGCUGCCUGGGCGGAAGCGCUCGCAGUGCUUGAUAACAACCCGUGA